AUGGAUGCUAAUUUGAAAGGAUAUUCCUUCCAAAGCAAGUCAUUCUGCGCCUUUCAGGGAUUCUGCAUUACUCUGUUUGGGCUGGUGGCUCUUUGGUCAGUUGUGCUGUGUGCUGUGGAAAGGUACCUGCUAGUUUGCAGGCCAUUCAAAGCUCUUCACUUUGGAAAGAGACAUGCUGUGCUGGCCCUCUUAUUUAUCUGGCUGUGGUCUCUGAUCUGGACUCUCCCACCACUUUUUGGCUGGAGUAGCUACGAGGUAGAAGGCAUUGCCUCAAACUGUGCCCUGGCAUGGCACAGGAAAGACUGGAAGAGCCGCAGUUACCAUUUGUCUCUCUUCUUUGUCUGUUUCUUGGUUCCCUUUAUCCUUAUGUCAUUGUCUUAUGGCAUGCUCAUCUUCACCCUCAGGAAGGUAGCCAAAACUGGUUUGGUCCAAAGUAAUUCAACUCAGCGGGCUGAGUCCCAGGUGACCAAGACGGCUGCCAUUAUGAUCCUAGCCUUUCUUCUUAGCUGGAUGCCUUAUGCGGCCUUUGCUCUGACCAAAGUAGUGAAACCAGAUGUGACCAUGGAUCCCAACAUUCAGAGUAUUCCUCUGUUCAUGGCUAAAACAGGAACCAUAUACAACCCAGUGGUUUAUGUCUGUCUGAACAAGCAGUAUCGAGAACAAGUUGCAGCCUCCUUACGAUGCCUACGGAAAUGCAGGGUCGUGCCCAGUAAGCACCGGGUGCUGAAUGCUUUGCCUCCUGCUCUGAAGAGACUGCAAGGGAAGCAGCUCAGCUGCAAUACCAACAGGAUAGCCCCCCAGAAUGAGUUGAACAUCAGCAGGAAUCUCCUCUUGCCAAACAUGAGCUAUUCCGAUGAUGAAUCCUCUUCUCAAUAAAUGCCACAGUUCUUAA